AUGGGUGUGUUCGGGGUGCCCAUUACUCCCACAGCUUGUGUAGGUCUCGGCAUGCGCCGGACCCCUCUAGAUACGCGUUGCACCCUUGGCGCUUGCGGCCAGGAGUGCCAAAAAGUGACACUUUUAAGAAAUAAGCGUCGUCCCGCUCCACCGACGUUCGUCGCUGACCGAUCGGAUCGCACGGCGUCGUUGUGUUGGACGUUUGUGAGCCCGAUCCCUUGGCUGGAAGUUGAUGUGUGUGACAUUGCGAUCAUACCGACUGUUGUCAUCGUCAGGUUUCUCAACGCGGAACCGUCCGCUGACUGUCUACCGGCCGUGGGGCUCGUCAGCUUGCCGAUAAGUGUUUUUCGUUCGGCUGGGUUCGUGAAGAAGCGUGUGGACGUGUCGCUGCUGUUGGAUGUUACCAGCACUCAGUGUCAGGCUCACUUUGGUUUGCUAGCAUCGUCCAUCCUGGCAAAUCAAAUGGAGAAGCUUCAGGACCUGAGCCAAUCAGAGCUGCAGGAGCUCCUGGACAACUCGGAGAGGGUGGAGUCUAUGGCUCUAGAGUCCGACGAGAUCCAGAACAUCCAGCUGGAGAGAGAAAUGGCACUGGCAUCAAACCGCAGCCUGGCCGAGCAAAACCUGGACAUGAAACCUCGUCUGGAGUCACAGAAGGAGAUGCUGGGGGGAGAUAUUCUGAGCUUGAGGCAGUUAGAGAAAAGUACAAAGAACACCGUGCACUGA